GCAUGCGUGGUGGUGGGCAGGGCGGGGUACCACACCGGGCUGGCCGGCGGCUGCCCUCGCCCGUCCCCGGCUCAGGUAGGAGGCGGUGGGGACGGGCGCGGCGGCGGUUCUGCGAGGUGUUUGCAGCAACAUAUGCAGAACUGGGUAAAGUGCUCUUGAAGUCAAGCCGCUUUUGACAAGGGAUUUAGAGAGGAGGAUCAGAGGGUUUCAGCUGUCAGUGUGAAUGUAACGAUCGCGAAAGGUGACAGCUUGACAAUCCUGGAGACUGAAGUCAUUUAUCACUAGAACAGGUUGUCCUACUCCUGCACUCCUUCUGUGUUGCUGCAAUGACUGGAAAGUCCCUGCUCUUAAAGGUCAUUCUCCUGGGGGACGGUGGAGUUGGGAAAAGUUCCCUCAUGAACCGUUAUGUCACCAACAAGUUUGACUCACAGGCUUUCCACACCAUAGGGGUGGAGUUCUUAAACCGCGAUUUGGAAGUGGAUGGACGUUUUGUGACCCUCCAGAUUUGGGACACAGCAGGACAGGAGCGUUUCAAGAGCCUGCGAACCCCCUUUUACAGAGGAGCAGACUGCUGCCUGCUGACCUUUAGUGUAGAUGACCGCCAGAGCUUCGAGAACCUGGGCAACUGGCAGAAGGAGUUUGUCUAUUAUGCAGAUGUGAAGGACCCUGGCCACUUUCCAUUUGUGGUCCUGGGCAACAAGAUAGACAAACUUGAGAGGCAGGUGACCACAGAAGAGGCCCAAGCAUGGUGUUUAGAAAAUGGGAAUUACCCUUACCUGGAAACCAGUGCCAAGGAUGACACCAAUGUGGCAGUGGCCUUUGAGGAAGCUGUGCGGCAGGUGCUGGCUGUGGAGGAGCAGCUGGAGCAUUGCAUGUUGGGGCACACCAUUGACCUGCACAGCAGUUCCAAAUCAGGAUCUUCAUGUUGUUAGGAGUCACCUAGGGAUUGUACCCAGGACUGAUUGUUUAAAUAGAACAAGUGCAAAUGGCUCUUGGGCAUGCUGAGGUAUGCAGACAGAAAGGACAAUGGGUGGGGUCACUGGCUGUAGGAGUCGCAGCCUUUCUAGCUGUAUAACAGUUGGAGUUUAUGGGUGUGAAGAAGAGGAUUAGGGGAGAGAACUAAUUAGGUGCAUUUGGAAGUAGUUCUCCCCCCUCCCUUCCUUCUUUCUAACAGAUCUAAGGACAGGGUUAAUCUGAGAGGGUUGCAAAUUAUGGUCUGUGCCAAGAUCUAUUCACAAAAUGAGACUUGCGGAGUGCUAGACAUUCCCCAAAUUAUUUUAUUAAUGAACUGAAAAGUACUAAGCCCACUAACCUCUGCUGCACCUCAUGACUGUACACUGCCAAAGUAAGGUUUGAUCAGGUUGCUGCAAAUAAUAAAACCAAAUGGGAAGAUUUCAACCUGGAAUUGGCAUAAGGGUGCCAACUAUAGGAAUGAUUGACAUAGUUCUGUUGCUUAAAUUAAUCCCUUGGCAUCCUGACGUGCCCUAGUCUUUCUGACGCUCUCAAAAGAAACUUGCAGUGUGGUAGAAUGAUGCUGUGAGUGCAUCACACUGGAAAGUAACAAUGUUCCAAUCAUUUGAAGAACAGGGUAUGAGGGAGUGGAGUAUGUUUGAAUGUUGCAGCCUUCAUUCUAGAUAGCUGCCUACCUUGGUCAGUUUUCUUCCCAUAUCUAACUUUGCUCCAUAUGGAUGUUACUUUCCUAGUGUGACUAGCCUCCUCCUAGUUUGUGUACGCCCUUGUUUUUUUCUGAGGCUCAACACUAGAUGGAGCUGCUCACCUUUUGGGUGACACUGGGCAAAUCCUACCUCACUCAUAGUCUCAAUGUCUUGCCUGUGAGGAAGGCUUUAGAAUGAACAUGGAGGACAGUCGACUCUGUGUGAAUCUUUCGCGGGUCUCGGUGCCAUGUAAUUACUAACAGAUCAUGGCCCCAGCUACAGGCUCCUACACUGUUGAUGGACUGAAUAACAACUCCUAGAAGUGCAGAUGACUGGGCCAGUAAAACCACCCUUUCGUAAGUGUGCUGGUGUAGCGGCCCUGGUUCUGGCUGUGCUUUGUUAGCCCAAGGGUCACUGUCUUAAGCCACUUCAACUCAUCUCCUUUAAUCUGGAUGCUGCAGCUCUGAAUCAAUUAAAUCUGCCCCCUCCUCUGAGCACCCCACAUUCCCCCUCCUCCCUCCCGCUCUGAUCUUGGUUGGGGAUUGCUAAGUGCUUCCCUGCUCUCCACUCGCCCUGCAGCCUCUGCACCCCGCCCCCCACUCCUGCAGCCUCUGUGCCCCUGCUCCACACUGUCCCUGCAGCCUCUGCACCCCCCCGCCCCUGCAGCCUGUGCGCCCCCCGCCUGCCCUGCCCCUGUGCCCCCCUGCAGCCUCUAUGCCCCUACCUGCCCUGCUCCUCCUCGCCCUGCAGCCUCUGCACCCCCCGCCUGCCCUGCCCCUGCAGCCUCUAUGCCCCUGCCUGCCCUACUCCUCCUCACCCUGCAGCCUCUGCACCCCCAUGCCUGUCCUGCCCCUGUGCCCCUUGCCUGCCCUGCUCCUCCUCGCCCUGCAGCCCCUGCACCCCCCCGCCCCUGCAGCCUGUGGGCCCCCGUCUUCCCUGCCCCUGCGUCCCCCUGCCCCUGCAGCCUCUAUGCCCCUGCCUGCCCUGCUCCUCCUCGCCCUGCAGCCUGUGCACCCCCACGCCUGCCCUGCUCCCCCGGCAGCCUCUGCCUGGCGGGGGCUUUGGAUGCUCAGCGGUGACCGGGGCAGCGUGGGUCCCUGCAGCCCCGGCACACGCCGCACUCCCUGCCCCGCGCCGCAGCCUCCUUCCUGCCGCGUGGGGCUGCAGGAAGGGUCCCUCAGUGGCCGGGGAGUCCCCGCCUGUGAGGGAAGCCCGAGCCGCUGGCUGGGCCCGGCCUCCCCGUGGUCCUGUGGGCUCGGCUGGGGCGUGCGGUCCGCCCGGCCUCCGGGGGCAGCAGCGGCCCCUCUGCCGCCUUCUGUGGCUGCGCCCCCCCCUUCCCCCACCUGAGCUCGCUACAAUGUAGCUGGGCGGCUGGGCUGCGCUGCGGACCCGGCGGGUCGUGCUGGGGCCAGGCAGACCCUGGCUUAUGCUGCCUCCCUAUUUCCCCGGACAUGUCCGGCUUUUUGGCAAUUCCCCCCGGACGGGGAUUUGAGUACCAAAAAGCCGGACGUGUCCGGGGAAAUUCAGACGUAUGGUAACCCUACCAAAAGGGUGAGGAGUUCAGUGAACUUUCUCUGCAUUUACUGCAGUCUUACUGUUCUGGUUGAUAGACUUGAGUGGUAGGGAAGCCAUUUCAGCUAAUUGAAUCUUCCUUAGCCAGAUGACUGGCUCCAGUCAGUGGGGAAGAGCUCUGGGCUGCCUCAAAAUGGCUGAAAAUCAAAAUUUUGUAGAGAAAACAUAUUACAAAUAAAGCCGGGGCUUUGCUAACCCAGGGCUCCGGCCUGUAUGUGGCUACCAGUCUCAAGCUAUCCAUCUGUAGCAUUGGGAUCAGUGCUUGCUCGCUACUAUGUAUUCUGCAGUUUUAUGCUCUGUUUGUCAAAGAUUAUGUUCUGAUGACUCUGUCUGUAACUGUAGAGAGGCCUGUCUCGGGGAGAGCUCCCCUGCAGUCAUCUCAGUGCUGAGGAGCGCAUCCAUCAUGGGCCCGGUUGAUCCCAUGUUCCCCUGUGUGAGCCUUGAUGGUAAGUCUCUCAGCUCAAAUACAGCAGCUUUGUUAACUUUGUCUGCUGGACAAUGGAAGUUAGUCUCAGUUGCCUCCAGGCUCCUGCCUUGCAGAGGGAGUGUGUACUUUGCAUUAACACAAGAUAAGUCUGCCUUCUCUCUGCAGGGCAAUAAUGUGGAAGUGAUGAUAGCUGCAAAGGGUGGGGCCUAAUUUUAGUGAUGUUGAGCACCUGCAACUCCCAUCGACCUAAAUGGGGCAUUGCUUGAUGCUUUUGGAAAAUCAGACCUAUGGUGUUGACAGGGGUGCCCUGCAUCUCCCUAGUUACACUUUGCUUAUACUAUUUUUAUUUAGCAAUCUUGGAUCUCCACGGGCGCCCCCAGAGUUACUAAGGGCCUUGCCUUCAUUAUAAUGGUACUUGAUAAUUCCAGUGGAAAUUCUAUAACCCAAACUCUGUCUCCUAUAGUCCUGGUUAAAGACUUAGUGUAGACAAAUUUGGGAACCAUGUUUAAAAGUUAUUCUAAUUGAGCCGGUUUCUAAGAUGAUUCAGUAUGGAUGGGCUAAAAGGUGUUAGAAUGUUUAUAAAUCAUAGUGAUGGAGCCUAAAUGUAUUUAGUCCAGCUAGGCCAGAUGUUAAGUGAAGCCCCCUUUUUUUUGACCAUGCUGCUUUUCCAGCCUAGUUAUCGCAUGAUCUGUCUGAGCAUCAACCCUUUCUAGGAAAAAGUACAAUUACUGUGAACAAGCUGUGAUGUGUGAGGGAGAAUGCGCAGCAGUGUAUCUUCCUGUACUUUGGGUGCUUGUUGACGCUUAUGGCUGAAGCUUGAAAACCUUCACCGUAUGUGAACUGUGCAUAUAGGUUUACUAGCUGUCUGUAUAAACCUGGAGUGUGUUAGUGUCUUUUGUUUGUUUUUAACAAACGAUAUGGUUAAUUUUUUUAAAAGCUGUAUGUAAACUCCAUUUUUAAAAACAAGUACGGUAUUUUGUGUAUUCAUUUAAUUUAUUUUCAACCAAUGCGCGCACAAUUCCUGGGAGAGCCAGGAUCGUGAAUUCUUCAUUAAAGGUCUAUUGCCAACUGCUUGUCUUGGAUGGCCCCUCCUUGACACACUCUGCUGCGAUUGCUGCUGGUAAAGAAACUGGGGUUGUAAAACUGAUAAUUUACCUUGAUUUUAACCAAUAAAAGAUGGAUGUAUAAAGUGAA